GCAGUCCGCUGUAAUGUUGAGAGGAGGGGAAUAAGAAUGAAUGUGUAGAUUAGCCAUCACUAUUUAACAGUGUUAAAACUCAUUAAGUCCUGAUUAAAAUGUCUCUUUCCACCGCGCGUUCCUUCUUAUCAGAGGCUGGAUAUGGAGAGCAGGAGCUGGACGCUAAUUCAGCUCUGAUGGAGCUGGACAAAGGACUGAGAUCCUGUAAGCUGGGGGAACAGUGUGAAGCCGUGGUACUUUUCCCCAAACUCUUCCAGAAAUAUCCUUUCCCCAUCCUCAUCAACUCAGCCUUCCUGAAACUAGCUGACAUUUUCAGACUGGGGAAUAACUUCUUGCGGCUGUGCGUGCUGAAAGUGACACAACAGAGCGAAAAGCACCUGGAGAAGAUUCUGAAUGUGGAUGAGUUUGUUAAAAGGGUUUUUUCUGUCAUCCAUAGCAAUGAUCCUGUCGCCAGAGCCAUCACUCUCAGAAUGCUGGGCAGCCUCGCGUCCAUCAUCCCUGAGAGGAAAAAUGCUCAUCACAGCAUCCGCCAGAGCCUGGACUCGCACGACAACGUUGAGGUGGAAGCAGCUAUUUUCGCCGCUGCCAGUUUUUCAUCCCAGUCAAAAGACUUCGCAGCAGGAAUUUGCAACAAGAUCAGUGAGAUGAUUCAAGGUUUGGAUACGCCGGUGGAUCUGAAGCUGAAGCUGAUCCCCAUGCUGCAGUACAUGCACCAUGAUGCCGCUCUGGCCUCCAGGAGCCGGGAACUACUGCAGGAGCUGGUGUCCUCCUACCCGUCCACCCCUAUGGUCAUCGUUACUCUGCACACGUUUACCCAACUGGCCACUUCAUCACUUAUUGAAAUCCCAAAACAGAUUCAGUUGCUCCUGCAGUAUCUGAAGGACGACCCCAGAAAAGCAGUAAAAAGACUCGCUGUGCAGGACCUGAAACUGCUGGCCAAGAAAGCUCCUCACAUGUGGACCAAAAAGAACAUUCAGACGUUGUGUGAGUGUGCCCUCAGCACCCCCUAUAACAGUCUGAAACUUGGCAUGGUCUCAGUGCUGUCCACUCUUUCUGGAACCAUCGCCAUCAAACAGUACUUCAGCCCAGCUGCAGGUGAAUCCUCACCGGCUCCUCACCUCACUGACCUGGUUAAGCUGGCGCAGGAGUGCUGUUACCAUAGCAAUUUGGCAGUGGCAGCCCAUGGGAUCACAGUGCUGGCCAACAUCGCCAUCUCCUGUCCAGAAAAAGAUUUUGUUCAGCUGGAGCAGGACACAGUGAUGGGGAUGGAGUCAUUACUACUGUUGUGCAGUCAGGAUGCUAGCACUUCUGCACAGGCCACACUCAAAACAGCUCUGGCGUCUCUGGUGCGGAUGCUGAAGGGUCGUCCCCACCUCAGCCAAUCGUGUGUGGAGUUUUUGUUGGCUCAGCUGCACUACGCGUGCGAUGCUGCGCGGAUCCUGAUCUGUCACGCUUUGGCAGCCAUUGCCACACAACUGCCUGUCCUGGGAGAGAGCAUGCUGGGAGAUCUGGUGGAGCUGUACAGGAGUGCCGGCAAUACAAGCUCAGAAAAGCAGCAGGAGCUACUGGUUUCCUUGGCGACGGUGGUGUUUGUGGCCAGUCAGUCUUCUCUCGGCGCAGAGGUGAAGACUGUGAUCCGGCAGCAGCUGGAGGCCUCGGCGAAUGGCUGGACUGUUUACCGCAUCGCCCGGCAGGCCUCACGCAUGGGCUGCCAUGAGCUGUCCAGUGAGCUGUACCAGAGCCUCAGGACACGUGUGGCCUCCGAGCAUUUCUACUUCUGGCUGAACAGCCUGAUGGAGUUCUCUCAGGCUGAGCGCUGCCUGAGCGGGCUGGAGGAUGGAGACUACAGCGGGGCCAUGGGGGCCAUCACUGAGGCACUGAAGUCCUACCAGAAAGGAUUUGCUUCACUCACGGCUGCCAGCACCCCUCUGAGUCCGCUGGCGUUUCAGUGUGAGUUUAUAAAGCUGCGGAUGGACACACUGCAGGCUUUAGCCCAGCUCAUCUGUACCUGCAACAGCCUGAAGACCAGCCCACCUCCGGCCAUCGCCACCACCAUCGCUCUGACCUCCGGAAACGAGCUGCAGCGCUGCGGCAGAAUCUCACUGCAGAUGAAAUUGUCCAUGGAUGAGUUUCGGAGUCUUGCUGGCCGCUAUGCUGACCUGUACCAGUCGUCCUUUGACGCCGACUCCGCCACGCUCCGUAAUGUUGAACUGCAACAACAGAGCUGCCUGCUGAUCUCUUAUGUGAUUGAAGCUUUAAUACUCGACCCUCAAACAGCCAGUUUCCAGGAUUUUGGCACGUUGGGUUCAGUUCAGGCGGAGAGCAAGUAUGAGCGCAGGAUGAUGGGUGUGUUUAACCUCGUUCUGGAGGAAGUGGAGUCCCUGAGCAGGAAACACCCUCCUGUCUCUUACCUGCACACUGGCUGCCUGUGUGAUGCAGUCAUCGCCCUGCUCAAAGUUCCACUGUCCUUCCAGAGGUAUUUCUUCCAAAAGCUGCAGUCAACCAGCAUCAAGCUUGCUCUCUCUCCUUCUCCUCGCACUCCCAGCGAACCGAUCCCAGUGCAGAACAACCAGCAUCUUACGCUGAAGGUGGAGGGCGUUGUCCAGCAUGGCUCCACCCCGGGACUCUUCCGGAAGAUCCAGUCCGUCUGUCUCAAUGUGAGCUCGACACUUCAGGCUAAAUCCGGACCGGAUUUUAAGAUUCCUCUUGAUACAAAGACUAAUGAGAUCGAGCAGAGGGUGGAGCCUCACAAUGACUAUUUCAGCACCCAGUUCCUGCUCAACUUCUCCAUCCUGGGCAGCCACAGCGUUACCGUGGAAGCGUCUGUGGUGGAUGACAGCGGGGUGGAGUGGAAGACGGGGCCGAAGAGCGUGGUCACUGUGAAGUCUUUGGAGGACCCUUAUUCUCAGCAGCUUCGCCACCAGCUACAGCAGCAGCAGGCCGGAGCUCAGGCAGCACUGCGGAACGUCUCCAACCGCUUCCAGUGACUUCACACCAAACGCCCAUCAGCUCUGUUUGUGGCUGGUUUAAGUGUACACAGUACUGUGCAAAAGUUUGGGUGCCCCUGCUAAAAUUAGAUGUUUUUUGUUGA